AUGGCAAAACAAGAAGAACACUGGAGCUCAGAGGCGUAUCAAACGUCCGCUGGUUUCGUCCCGAAGCUUGCUACGAAGGUUAUUGGGUGGCUUGAUGUCAAGGAGGAUGAUUUGAUUCUAGAUGUCGGAAGUCCAGACGGCAUCAUCAACAUUCAAAUCGCUCAAACCCUCGCCAAAGGCUCGGGGAAGAUCCACGGCAUAGAUGCCUCACACGCCAUGAUCGAGUCUGCACGGAAAUCCGCCGCGGCGGAUCCGGCUGCUACCAAAGCGGCUACGUUUGAUGUCAUCGACGCAACCAAGAUCCUGUCCAGCCUAGACCUGCAAAGGGAAAGCUACGACAAGGUCUUUUCAAACGCAGCCAUGCACUGGAUCCUGCGCCACGAGGCGACCAGGAAAGACUUCUUCCUCGGCAUCCGCGGAGCCCUCAAGCCCGGUGGGAUGUUCGUGUUUGAGAUGGGUGGGAUGGGAAACGUCGCUGAAAUGCGAACGGCCCUCCUCUCGGUCAUCAGCGGCAGAAUUGGCAUCUCCGCCGCCCGCGCCGCGGACCCGUGGUUCUUCCCCGACGAGACGUGGAUGACGAAGAUGCUUGAAGAGACCGUCGGUGGCUUCAAAGUCGAGCGCAUCGAGCGUGAGUACAGACCCACGGCUGCUGAUGUGGGUGGCAUAGAGGGCUGGGUCAGAUUGAUGGGGAAGCAAUUCUUCGACGCCGUGAGUGAUGAGGGAGAGAGGGCGAGCUGUGUGAAAGAGGUCGUGGAGGUUCUCGAGACGGUAUGCAGGAGUCCAGGGGGUGGGGACUGGAUCGGGUAUGUGAGGCUGAGGGCCGUCGUUACGAAAAUCAAGCAAAUCCGACAAGAGUGA